UUGCCUCAUAAAUCUGUCCAGUGCAGUGUGUUGCAUUGAACUAUUACAGUACCACCGUCAUAUUGAAUAGUCACUACCUAUCCGGAGCGGAUUUGCAUAAUUGGACCUUUUUCUUUUUUUAUGAAACUUGUUUGCAAAAACCAAACCAAACACCCAAGUGAAAACCGCGGCGAUCUGCAUGAUUAUAAAGGGUUCAAAUCUAUUCGAAAAUUCCUGACCUUCAGUACCUAUCCCUCGUCACUAGGAAUUUCUCUCAGCCAAGGGAAAGAUUCAUUGGUUUGAGAGUUACCUGAUGGGUAAACUGCGGCAAAGAGGUUAAGUGAUCUGUUCGAGGCCACAGAGGGUGUCAGCAUCAGAGCCAGGAGUAGAAUUAAGGAAUUCUUACCACCUCGUCAUGUGCAUAGACUACUAGACUACACUGCUGUAACUGCUACAGUGAAGUGGGACACCCCUUUGGCAAUCUGUCAGUGCCAAGCUGAGCUGCAUCCAUUCACUGGGUAUUUUCUAACCAGACUGACAGUCCUUAAAACAAGUAUGCAGUUAAGCUGCUAAGGGAACACACAGAGCUGACUGCAGACUGGGUUAUAAAAUAAAUGUGUUUUAUGUUCAUUUUGCAGGGAUGGAGGAAGCUAGUUUGUGCCUUGGUGUUUCUUCAGCUGUAUCAGAAGCUGACGCCCAUCUCAACAGUACCAUACUUAAUGGCCAGUAUUCAAUGAGCCAGAAGCUGCAUCAGAUAACUUCACAGCUCAGUCAUGCCUUUCCAGAACUUCAAAACAGGCAGAAUACUGAGGAGAAGGCAUCAGCAGCACUAGAAGAGAAAAGUCACGUGGCUAUAGCAAAUCAGCCAAUCAGCAGUCAGAUGGCACUGUUAGCAAAUCAGCUCAAUAGAGAUGUUGACACCAGUUUGAAUGGAAGAGUGGAUCUGCAACAAUUUUUAAAUGGACAAAAUCUUGGGAUCAUGUCUCAGAUGAGUGAUAUCGAGGAUGACGCCAGGAAGAACAGAAAGUACCCAUGUCCCCUCUGUGGGAAACGCUUUCGGUUUAAUAGCAUCCUAUCGCUCCACAUGCGCACUCACACUGGAGAGAAACCAUUUAAGUGUCCAUACUGCGACCAUAGAGCAGCUCAGAAAGGCAACCUGAAGAUUCACCUACGUACUCACAAACUUGGAAACCUUGGCAAAGGCCGGGGAAGAGUCCGAGAAGAAAACCGGCUUUUACACGAGCUGGAGGAGAGGGCGAUUCUGCGAGACAAGCAGAUGAAAAGCAGCCUUUUGCAGCCACGACCUGAUGUGAAAGCACAGCAGCAUUCGCAGCCAACACCUCUGGCAAACUGUAAUUUGUCUGUGCCAGCUAAUCACAGCACACCUGAUAUUUCGAACCCUGUCCCCUCUCCAAAGCCUGUGAGUGUCCUGGAAGAAGUAGUAGCUCAGACUGCUGGGUUCAGAUGCACAUUUUGCAAAGGAAAGUUUAAGAAGCGGGAAGAGCUGGACAGACACAUAAGGAUCCUGCACAAGCCUUACAAGUGUACUCUGUGCGACUUUGCUGCCUCUCAGGAGGAGGAGCUGAUUAGUCACGUGGAGAAAGCUCACAUAACUGCGGAGUCAGCUCAAGGCCAGGGAUCCAAUGGGAAUGGAGAACAAUCUACCAAUGAGUUUCGCUGUGAGGUGUGUGGCCAAGUAUUUAGCCAAGCCUGGUUCCUGAAAGGCCACAUGAGAAAGCACAAAGAUUCCUUUGAGCACUGCUGUCAGAUUUGUGGGAGGCGCUUCAAAGAGCCUUGGUUUCUUAAAAAUCACAUGAAAGUUCAUCUGAAUAAAUUAUCCGUAAAGAACAAAUCUCCUAAUGAUCCAGAAGUACCUGUAUCCAUCAGCAGUAUGUCACAGGAAGCUCAUGCAAACUUGUAUUCACGAUACCUAUCAUGUUUGCAAAGUGGCUUUCUUCCUCCAGACAAAGCAAGUUUAAGUGAACAAAAUCAGAUUUAUAACAAAGGAGAUUUGCCCAUGAAAGAGAGAGAAGUUCUGGGGAAACUCCUUUCACCCAUUGCUGGCAUCGGCCACAGUAUUGCUGAAGGGGAUAAACAUUCUUUAUUGGGAUGUCUCAAUCUGGUGCCUCCUCUGAAAUCCAGCUGUAUAGAAAGGUUACAGGCUGCUGCCAAGGCUGCAGAGAUGGAUCCAGUAAACAGCUAUCAAGCCUGGCAGCUUAUGGCAAGGGGAAUGGCCAUGGAACAUGGCUUUUUGUCUAAAGAGCAGCAGAUACAGCGCAGCCAUGAAGACACUUUGGCAAAUGCUGGAAUUAUGUUUGAUAAGGAGAAGCGGGAGUAUGUGUUAGUAGGAGCAGAUGGCUCUAAGCAGAAAAUGCCUGCUGAUUUGGUUCACAGCACUAAAAUGGGCAAUCAGAGAGACUUGCCAAACAAACUAGACCCUUUAGAAGGCAGUCGAGAUUUUUUGUCACAUGGUAUGAACCAGGGACUUGAUUAUAACAUGCAAAGUCAUGGAAAUGUGAAAGAAAAGCCAACUGAGUGUCCUGACUGUGGAAGGGUUUUUAGAACAUACCAUCAAGUUGUUGUUCACUCCAGGGUACACAAGAGAGACAGAAAAGCAGAAGAAGAGAUAAUUCAAAGUAGCCUCGAUGAGCGACGUGGGUCUGGAAGUGAUCAAGAGUCUCAGUCUGUCAGCAGGUCGACAACACCAGGGUCCUCUAACAUUACUGAAGAAAGUGGAGUAGGUGGGGGUCUCUCACAGACAGGAAGUGCACAGGAGGACAGUCCACAUCCUUCCUCUCCUUCCUCUUCAGACAUCGGAGAAGAAGCUGGGAGAUCGGUAGGAAUCCAGCAGCCAGCUUUACUGAGAGACAGGAGCCUUGGUUCUGCCAUGAAAGACUGUCCAUAUUGUGGAAAAACAUUCAGAACAUCACACCACUUAAAAGUUCAUUUGAGAAUACAUACAGGUGAGAAACCUUACAAGUGUCCACAUUGUGACUAUGCAGGCACUCAGUCUGCAUCCCUCAAAUACCACUUGGAACGGCACCAUAGGGAGCGACAGAAUGGAGCUGGACCUCUCCCUGGGCAGUCUCAAAGUCAGGAACACAAGGACGAAACAUCAAGUAAAGGAUCUCUGUUUAUUAGACCAGACAUACUGAGAGGAGCCUUCAAGGGUCUUCCUGGUAUUGAUUUCCGAAGUGGCCUGGUCUCUCAGCAGUGGACGUCAGGAAUGCUUUCUUCUGGAGAUCAACAAGGACAAGCAGCUGGCAUGUCUUCUGAGGUAUCUUCAGAGAAUAUGAAGGGUUCUGACAUAUCUUCCAAAGGAACACACUUUUCUGAACUUGGCCGAGCAUAUCAGAGCAUGGUUGGAAAUGGUGUGAACUUCCAAGGGUCUUUGCAAGCUUUCAUGGACAGCUUUGUCUUAACUUCCUUAAAGAAAGAAAAAGAAAUGAAGGAUAAAGCAUUAUCUGAUUCACUUUCCAUAAAAACUCUGGGCUCAGAGAGCGGUGAGGAUAAAAUAAAUACCAAGUCCUCACAAAGAAAAACAGAAAAAUCACAGUAUGAACCUCUUGACUUAUCUGUGAGGCCAGAUGCUGCCUCACUUCCAGGUUCAUCUGUUACAGUUCAAGACAAUAUUGCUUGGCAUGGCUGCUUAUUUUGUUCCUUUACAACGUCAUCUAUGGAAUUAAUGGCUCUGCAUCUCCAAGCCAAUCACUUAGGCAAAGCUAAACGUAAAGAUAAUAUUUUAGGAAACAGCAAAGAUCAAUCUCGGGAGGCUUCGGCUUCAGCAAACAAAGUCAGUUUGCUCUCCUCUUCAGUGCAGCCCAGCAAAGAGGCAAUAGUUUCAAAUUUGAUUAGCCAGCUGGACUCAGCUUCUGAGAAAAUGACCCAAGGACAAAAUAAAGAGAUGCUGGGAGAACAAAAGAAUGCUGCCUGGCCCAGCCAUAUGGAUUCCACUUUUUGUAAUUUUACAACAGACUUCUACAAGCAGUUUGGUGUUUAUCCUGGUGUUAUUGGCACAGGAGCACAAAAUUCUUGCACCAGUAACAAACCCGAAGUGAAAACACAAUCUGAAGAUGACCCAAAUAUUUUGCUCUCUGACUCUGUAAAUAAAAGUGCAACUGAUGACCUUUCUGACAUAGCUUCAUCUGAGGAUAUGGAAUCCUCCAAGGAAGAAAACAUUGAAGAUGAGGACAUUGAAACAGAACCAGAUAUUAUGAACAAGCACUUAUCUGCCCUAAAUAAAGAAAGCAGUGAAGGAGGUGACAAUAUACAAAGCGCAGUCACCUCACAACCAACACAAGGACUAAUAUCACGGUUGCCCCAAACAGAAAAGCAGUGGCACAGCCAGAAUCUUCUCUCCUCCCAUGAAACUGCACAAGGUGUGAUGAAACCUGAACAAGUACAGGGUCCACAGGUCCUUGAGAAGCAGAUGAACAUGUUGUCAGUCCUAAGAGCUUAUAGCUCUGAUGGCUUAGCAGCCUUUAAUGGACUUGCAAGUAGCACAGCAAGCAGUGGAUGUAUCAAGAGACCUGACUUGUGUGGUCACAGGCCUUUCCAGUGCAGAUACUGCCCAUACAGUGCCUCUCAGAAGGGAAAUCUGAAGACCCAUGUUCUUUGUGUCCAUCGCAUGCCUUUUGACAACAGCCAGUAUCCAGAUCGCAGGUUCAAGCGCUCCAGAGUUGACUCCGAGGCUUCUGGGAAUUUAGAGGAACCUGCAGCUGUCAAACCUGGGAGCUCAGCAGAGCUAACAGAGGAGGGCAGCAAGGCCCAAGAGUAAUGCAGCUGAACAAAUCAAUCUGUAUAUUGCAAUAUUAUUUUACACAGUUCUUAGGUAUGCAUUUGGGUAAGAGUUUGAUAACUGCAUUCCAAGGAAAAGAAUUGUGUACAAAUUCCCAGUGGUGUACAGGAUGUUUAAAACAUUUAAAUAUAUAUAUAUAUAUAUAUACACACACACGUAUAUAUUACAAAAAGAAAAAAAUAAUUCCCAGCCCUUGAAAAUGGCUGCUAAACUGUUACCUGGC